AUGAAUUUUCCGUUCGAAACGACCGAGCCCGACGAAUCUGACGUUUCACCGGACUACUCCUCGUAUUUACCCGACGAGUGCUUGGCGUUAGUGUUCCAGUUCCUGAAUUCCGGUAAUCGGAAGAGAUGUGCUCUCGUCUGUCGACGGUGGUUGAUCGUUGAAGGACAAAAUCGUUACCGUCUCUCUCUCCACGCCCGCUCAGAUCUGCUUGCUUCGAUCCCUUCCCUCUUCUCUCGAUUCGAUUCCGUUACGAAGCUCUCGUUGAAAUGCGAUCGCAGAUCUGUGAGCAUCGGCGACGAAGCGCUCGUUAAAAUCUCCCUCCGGUGUCGGAAUCUGAAGAGACUCAAGCUGAGAGCCUGCCGUGAGCUCACCGACGCAGGUAUGGCUGCUUUCGCCGAGAAUUGCAAGGAUUUGAAGAUACUCUCUUGUGGAUCCUGCGAUUUCGGAGCUAAAGGCGUUAAAGCCGUCCUCGAUCACUGCUCGUCUCUCGAGGAAUUAUCCGUCAAGCGUCUCCGCGGCUUCUCCGAUAUAGCUCCGGAUUCGAUCGGGCCAGGCGCGGCUGCUUCAUCUCUGAAAUCGAUCUGCUUCAAGGAGCUUUACAACGGUCAAUGCUUCGGUCCGGUGAUCGUCGGCGCAAAGAAUCUCAGAUCUCUGAAGCUUUUCAGAUGUUCCGGUGACUGGGACAAGCUUCUUCAGGAAAUGGCGGUGAAGGAUCACGGCAUCGUCGAGAUUCAUCUAGAACGAAUGCAAGUGAGUGAUUUAGCUUUAUCUGCGAUCUCAAAUUGCUCAAGCCUCGAGAUUCUGCAUCUUGUCAAGACACCUGAGUGCACGAAUCUCGGAUUAGCUGCGAUCGCAGAGAAGUGUAAGCAUUUGCGGAAGCUUCACAUCGAUGGAUGGAAAGCGAAUUUGAUCGGAGACGAAGGACUCGUUGCCGUGGCUAAGUUUAGCUCAAAGUUACAGGAGCUGGUUCUGAUCGGAGUGAAUCCGACGACGCUGAGUUUAGGAAUGUUGGCUGCGAAAUGUGGGAAUCUUGAGAGAUUGGCGCUUUGUGGCUGCGAUACGUUUGGUGAUCCUGAGCUUUCUUGCAUUGCGGCGAAGUGUCCGACUCUGAGGAAACUUUGUAUCAAGAACUGUCCCAUCUCCGAUCUUGGGAUCGAGAAUCUCGCCAACGGAUGUCCCGGUUUAACCAAGGUGAAAAUCAAGAAGUGUAGAGGCGUGAUGGGUGGUUGCGCGGAUUGGUUAAGAACGGUUAGGCCUAUGCUUGCGGUGAACGCAGACACCGUUGAACCAGAGCAAGCAAGCAAUGAUGCUGCUGUUGUUGAAGGAGGCUUACUAGAGAAUGGAAUCGAGUUCCCUCAUUUGAGCAGCCAGAUCAUGGCACCGAGCAUUGCGUCGUCAAGCGGUAGAAGCCGGUCGGGGUAUUUCAAAUCACGAGGUGGAUUGUUCAGUGGAAUGAGUCUUGUAGCUUGCACUUCAAGACAACGAGGAAGCAGUUGA